AUGGGUGUCUGUAUGUGCCAUGCCAACCAGUUGUGUAACCAAACUGAGGGAGACUGCACCUGUAAACCUGGAUGGAUAGGGAGGAACUGUACACAGACAUGCCCUGAUGGUUUCUAUGGUGAGCAUUGUAAAGAGAGUUGCUUGUGUCAGAACAAUGCCACGUGUGAUCCAGCAGACGGCAGCUGCAAGUGUCAGUCUGGCUGGAUAGGAACUAUUUACUUGCUUUGUUGCAUCCUCUGUCCUGCUAAUGAAAGACCCUUGCCCUCCUUUGUUUUAGCAUGUGACUCUGGUAUGUUUGGCACAAAUUGUAGCCAGACUUGUCGUUGUGGUGGCAGGGAAUGUGAUCAUGUGACUGGUGCAUGUUUUUGUGACCCUGGAAAACGUGGACACAUGUGUGCCUCAGACUGCCCUGCAGGCACCUAUGGUCAGAAUUGUGCCAGCAAAUGUCAGUGCACGACAUCUACAACACAGAAGUGUGAUGUGGUCAAUGGCACCUGUCUGUGCAAAGAUGGCUGGGGCGGACCUUUCUGUGCUCAAGAAUCAGCUUCCUCAGCCAUGGAAGAAGUGCAGGAAGCUGUGACAGAGAGCACUUUGAUAGGAGUAAUAGUGGGUGUGGUUUUCUUGGUAAUUCUGAUUCUUGUUGUCAUUUUUGUGGUGUGCUUUAUUCAAAAGAGGAAAAGAAAGAAAAAGUCACCUCAUGAUACAAGGUCAGCAGACAGUGGCCACGAGCUGACACCGUUUCCAGGACAAGUUCAAGAACCUGAAGAUGAACAAAGAUAUGCAGAACCAGAUGUAAUAACAGAUGCCAGGCCUAGAAAGGCAGUAGGAAAUGCAGAGUAUGAAUAUGUUAGCAAUGUUAAUCCAAAACUUACAAGCAGUCCCAGUUCCCAGGAAUCUCCCAAUAUUAGAGCCAGGAGACGACCACCCUGUGCUGCCCCUGUGAGUCUGAAAUCCCCACCUAAAUUUAGAGUUGUAACUACAGAACCUUGUCUUCAGGGAAAAGAAACUGAGCAAAGUGAGGAGAAAAUUUUUCCAAAUAUGUCAUAUUUUAUGGCUCCUGAAUCUGUGAUAUCAGGCAUUCGUAAUACUGAAAAAGAAGACAGUGGGCAUAUGCCAGAUAGUUCAACACAAGCAGGUCCCCAUGAAUAUUCUGAAAUUAUGGGUGAGGAAAUGAAGGGUAAAAAAGAUAACACUUUGCCACCUGCAGUUACAGCCUGUGAUAGCCAUGAGGAAUAUGAUGUGAUAAGACUUUCUGCAAUAAACCCUACAGCAAAAGACAAGAUGCAGCCGACAGUUGCAUUAAAUGCAUAUGGUGGUAAGGACGAUCUUGAGAAGUCCACAGUCCCUGAUGUGGAUGUUGGAAGUGAAUACAGUAAGCUGGACCACACAGGUCUUUCCUUUAAGAGACAGAUGUCAGGGAAUGUGUAUGGACAUCUGUCGGCAAAUGACAGUGGAGGUGCAUAUUCCAGUGUAGAAUCGGUUGAAAACAAGUAUGACACUCUAGUUCAUGUGGGGAACAGACACAAGAAGAAAGUUUUGUCAGGCUCGGAAUAUGAUGCUCUGGAACCUCUCAAAAAUUCAGAAAUGCAAAUUUAAGAAAAGUGGUAAUGGUGGGAUGUGUAGUGCUGAGAUGGGUUGGGAGGGGAUUUUAGAUCUGCCAGUAUUCACAGAAAGCCUUUUACAUCAGCUGCUAAAAUUUUAAUAUGCCAUAGUUAGAUAUAGUUAACACAUUGGGUAUUCGGGAUAGAUAGUUAUACUAAUGUUGAAUUGAUAAAUCAUAACGGGGGGGGA